AUGAAAUUCUCCACCGUCUCUGCCAUUCUUUUUGCCCAGGGCAUCGCCGCCAUGCCUUGGUCAACUGUGAAGACCACCCAGUCCAACAGUGGGGAGAUCACUCUCCGAAUCCAAGUUGCUGGAGCUUCCUCCCCCAGACUUGGUCACUUCGCCAAGCCCAAGGGUUCCAUCGACCCCAAGCACUACCCCAUCUGCCUAGCUGUUUGCUGGAGCGAUGAGAACCGAUGCCCUGAAGGCUGGCGCGCUGUCAAUAAUGGUAAUGACCAGGACCCUUGCUGGACUUGCUGUCAUAAUGGCGAGGACAAUGAUCUUUAA